AUGAUGUUGUUUAUCUCAAUUACUGCUGCCCUUCUCUGCAGUGUAACUGGGGAAACAAUUCAGGGAUCGGUGCAGCUGAAUGCUGGAGUAUUUGACAAGAUCGUACCAAAGCACAAGGUGGUGCUAGUGAAGUUUGAUGAGGCAUACCCAUAUGGUGAAAAACACGAUCAGUUCAAAGAACUUGCCCAAGUUACUUUGUCACAGCCAGAUUUGCUUUUAGCUGAAGUCAAUAUACAAGAUUAUGGUGAUAAAGAUAACUCUGACUUAGCCGAAAGAUUUGGUGCAAAGAAGGAAGAUUUCCCAGUGUAUAAGUUGUUCCUAGAAGGCCAGGCAGAUGCAAUAGAUUACACCAGUAAUGAUAAGAGUGUGAAUGCGCUGAAACAGUUCCUAAUAAAAGAAUCAGGUAUCUGGAUUGGACUCCCAAACUGCAUUGAAAGUUACGAUAGACUUGCCAAACAAUUCUUCUCUACUAAAGAUCUGAAAGAACGUCAAGAUAUAAUUGAAAAAGCCGAAAAGGAGGUUGGCUCUAUCAACGAGAGUCAGAAACAGUCAGCGGAUGUCUAUAUUAAGUUAUUGAAAAAAGUCCUUGAAAAGGGCGACAAUUUGAUUGAUGAUGAAAUCAAGAGAGUUGAAAAACUUAAGGAGCAAAAAGUUAGUGAUAAGAAGAGGAAUCAACUCAAAGAAAGAUUAAAUAUUUUAACAUCUCUGCAAUUACAAAAAGGUGCUACAAAGGAUGAGUUGUAGUGAUAUAGUGUAAAACACAUUCCAAAAUA